UGAGUCAGGGCACACAUGCCUCAGCUGUGAGAGGCCCUACUCCCCUUGGCUGGCUGGCAUCCCGGAGCAGAGGCAGAGAGAGAGACAGAGAAGGCUCAGAGCGUGAGACUGAGGGUGAAGAGAAAGUUUAAGCGUGAAGUAGAAGAGGGGAAAGGAAGAGGUUUAGAAAGUUGUCUGAAAGUAACAAGAAAGAAUUAGGGACUGAGUGCUGUGCAGCGGGGCUCCUGCGGGUUGUUUUUCAGUAGUAUAUUUUUAUCUGCAGUGAGUGUGCAGGCGGUUUGUAUUUAGAGCUGACAGCCAUGGCGGAUACAGGUGUCAAGAAGGAGCACGCAACCCUAGCAGAAGUGCCUUAUGAUGACGACGAGGUCGCCCUGGUGGAUGCCGCCACAGAGCCGGCAGUAGACGACCCUGUAGAUGACCCUGCCGAUGAGGCGGACCUGGUGCUUGCCACCGGCCCCGGCGGCAAGAGUGAGGCGCAGAUGAACGGGGUCAUGGUGCUCUCUCUGCUGGACAAGAUCAUCGGGGUGGUGGACCAGAUCCAGCAGACCCAGAACGGGCUCGAGGCCCGGCAGGAGGCCAUGGAGAAGUCGGUGUCAUCCAUCCAAGGGGAGCUGGCGAAGUUGUCCAAGAACCACGUCGGCACGGCCAACACUGUCAACAAAAUGCUGGACAAGGUGCGCAAGGUCAGCGUCAACGUCAAGACGGUGCGCAGCAACCUGGAGAAGCAGGCGGGCCAGAUCAAGAAGCUGGAGAGCAACGAGAACGAGCUGCUCAAGAGACGCAACUUCAAAGUCCUCAUCUACCAGGACCAAGUGAAGCCACCGAAGACGUCCAAAUCCCAGGCUGCAGAGACGGUGGUUAAAGGCCAAGUCGUGGAGGGCCUUGAGCAGAUACCCGAGGGACAAGAGGGACUCCCAGAUAAUCUCAACUCAGAUGAGGAGGUGGAGAUCGAGGAGAUCAUCGAGGAGUCUCGUACCAAGCGCAUCCAGCGCACCACCAAGCAGCAAGUGGACAACAUAAAGAAAGCCUUCUCCAAAGAGAAAAUGGAGAAGACCAAGUUGAAGACAAAGGAGAACUUGGAGAAGACCAAGCAGAGAACCCGCGACAACCUGGAGAAGACGAGACAGAGAACCCGCGACAACCUGGAGAAGACCAAGCACAGCCUGGAGAAGAAGAUGGGCAAGCUCGGGACCCGCAUGACCCCCAACAUGGAGCGCAAGGCCAAGAUGAAGAGCUCCAAAGACAAGGCGAAGAAAUCCCUCACUCCCGACCACACCGUCUACGCUCGCUCCAAGACCAGCGUGUACCGCGUGCCCCCCUUCACCUUCCACGUGAAGAAGAUCCGAGAAGGGGAGGAGGAGGUGGUGGUGCUGCAGAACACGGAGAUGGUGGAGGUGGCCGAGGGCGAAGACGAGGACCAGCCAGGCGGAGAGAACGGUCUGGGGGUGCACGCGGAGGUGGAAGAAGGGGAGCUGGUGAGGGUAGACAGCCCAGAGAUGGAUGCUCUGUUGGAGGUGACUGAGGACUCUCGGCUGGUCGGGCCAGAGCACCUAAAGAAGGUCCAGAGCGACUAGAGGGACGUCGCUCUGCAGGGCUGCGAAGGGAGCGACGAGAGGGCAACGAAGUCGAGUCACAAGGUCACAAUAUUAGUCGUCGGGAACUUUCUAGACGUGUUCACAGUCUAUGACAUCACGUUUUGUUUUCUGUUCUCUUUUUACUGAACCCAACAGGGAUGACUUUCAUAUCUGCUCCAUUAAGCAUACAAAUAAGAAAAAAACAACUCUAGGUUUUGAAACAUGCUGCACGCUGACUGGUUACGUUUAGGCUAUUUGCAGUUUGCCGUUGGUUUGAUCAAUUGUGUGGCUAUAAGAAUUUAAAAAAUGGUAUAAAUAGUCUUUGCUAUUGAGGAUGUAAUGUAUAAUCUAAUAUUUGCCAUGUAUGAUAUGCACAUUAGUGGGUAUGGUGACGGGAAAUUGUUGGUUUUAGUAACGUAAUGUGCACGAGUGAAACACAGUAAAUAAACAUAUAGGCAAGUGGUAGGCCUGUAGAAGAAGUAGAGAUCUAUGGCAUAAAGGUUAUUUACUGCCAAUCACUCAGCCAUUGCGACAAAUGUAUCAAUAUAAUGUAAAUGACUGAAAAUAGAAGCGUAGUGUCUGAUAAAUUAUGUUGGGAACAUCAAAAACACUCACAGAUAGCAGAGCAAUAAACAGCUAACGUUACUGUUGUGAACAAUUGCUUUAAGACGUAAUGUUUUACUUUUUGUGCUUUGAUUAUAAAAGACGCAGGAUUAUGAAACCUCCAAACUAUUCUGGAUCACUCAGUAGAACAUCAGCUAUAUACUGUAUUAUUAUGAAAUACUCAAAGCUGACAUCAAUGAGAUUUAGAAUGUAGCCUUUUGUAUCUUUCACAACGAGUGCUUGAAAACGUGCUCGAUCAUCAUUUUACUGUAAUGUUUUGAUGUGUGCUCACCAUGCUUUGUGUCGCAUCUGGACAUGCUGUACUCACCAACCUCCACAGAGGAGAAGAAAUCCAACCCUGUCACCAUGGUCACAGCCCAUCGCAGUACAUUUGCACAUCUCUUAAUUUUUCACAAAGGUAACGCCAGACGGACAAAUGAUGGUUUGAAGAGCGAGAUGACAGUUUAAUGGCUGACUACAUAACAAGAGGAGAUGAGCAAAUGUCAUCCUGAAUGCAGUCUUUGUGAGAGACGGCACACAGUCAAGUGUUAUGAAUGGCAUGGCACUUUAAUAAAUGUUAAAACAUUUAACACAAACCGUACGUUUUUUUUUUUUGCAGAGGUGCAAUCUUGUGUACUUCCUCUGAUUUAAGAAAGGAACGUCCACACGGAUGAAAAGAGCUGUCUGACCAUCAUUGUAAGUGAGAGAAUGAGGCGAUUGUGGAGAAUUGGAGGAAGCUACAAUAAUUGGAUUGUAAUUACUCUGAACCUCAAAGUAAACUGGUAAUGCCAUGUGUUCAAUAAUUGCCACCUUUGGUGAGGAAAGCACACAGGGCUCCAGAAAAGGAUGUUGCAGAGACUGUGUGUGAGCUUGAUGUGGUGCAGGCACGCAGGAGCCCACUGUGUAGCAUGGAGAACCAUUAAAAUAAUCAAUGGGCGGGGGAAUGCAAUUAAGGAGAAUGCUCCCUCAGAGCGCCGGGCAGGAUAGAGAACAGUGAGGAGAACUGACAAAAGGUGUGUGUUUGUGCGUGUGUGUGUGUGUGUGUGUGUGUGUGUGUGUGUCAUAGUGAAGAGUAAGUAUGUGCAUACCAUAUAACCACACUUAUAUCUCCAAGUUUAUGUCGGCAUCCCAUGAAAAUUUCCACGAAGCAAAUAAAUCAAUUACAGGCCUGUAACAUCACAUAAUGAUUGUAAUAUUAUGUAGUGAAUAAUUAUAUAAUUUUAGUAUUUUUUUGAUAAAAACAUUCGCAUUGUUUUGCACACCAAACAUCAUAAGACUUGUAAGAUAUUGGUCCCGUUGGAAAAAAGAAAGAAGUGUGUUUUUGCCACCAUGUUUGUUUUGCCUUGUCUUGACCUACUGGUUAUUAAAAAUACAUAGCAUACAAUUUAUGCUAUAAGCUGAGGUAGUCUAGUUUAUACAGACAUUGUCAUUUAAUUAGAAAGAAUGCUGCAAGACUGUGAGAAAUAAUUGCUCUUUGUGUUAUUGAUUCAUACUCAAAUAAUGAAGCUUGCCUUAUAUUUUGUGUCUGAGGCCUCUUUUGCCACUUCAAUAUUAAUAAAAGCUUACUGAUAAUAUA